GGCUCCCAAGCAGAGCAAGGCAGGCAGCCUGCCAGUGAGCAAAAACAACAACAGGCUACACUUUUUCUUCUUUGAUAUUAGCAAAGAAAAACGUCUGCAUGGAUGGCGACCCCAGCGAUCGCUGCUUCGCGCGUGCAAUGAUCUAAGUCCGGAAGGCAAACAUGCACCCCAGCGUGAUGACCAACGGCGGCGGUGGCGGCGCCAUGAACAGCGGACUCCCAGCUUCAGCUGCUCCGCUCGGGGGUGCUGGGAUACCCAAUGUCAAGGUGAAGUUUUGCCGUUACUACGCGAAAGACAAAACGUGCUUCUAUGGAGACGAGUGCCAGUUCCUGCAUGAGGAUCCGUCCAUGGCUAGCCUGAGCCCCGUCCCGUUGUCUCUAUCCGGGGGCGGCGGGACUCCAGGAGGGUAUUCCCUCGGCGGUUCCGCGGCCUCCUGCCCCGGCGGCGGCGGCGGCGGAGGAGGAGGAGGAACCGGUGUGCCCAAGAAGAAUGAAGCCAUGGGACCCGCGGGGAACUCUUUGGACGGGUCGUUGCUUGCCAUUCCAGGGAUGGAGGGAGCGAGUCUGAGUGACGCUAACCUCACCAAUUCCUACUUUAGCAGCAGUUUUAUUGGAGUGAAUGGAUUUGGAAGUCCAGCAGAAUCGAAAUACUCCAUGAUGCAGCGAAUUACUACCAGCAGCAGCUCUCCUAGUCUGCUCAACGAUGGUGCCAAGAAUUUCAGCCACAGCUCUCAUGACCCUGUCAACUCUCCCACUUCAUCACUGUUCAGCGAUUUUGGUGCUCUCGGCAUUUCUCAACGGAGGAAGGCGCCCAAUCCGACAGCAAGUGAGUUUAUCCCUAAGGGAGCUCCACGAAUGGCCACCAUGGCUCCAUCAUCUGUCCAGGCCUUCCCUUCACCUAUCUUUGCCCACCCGGGCAUCAGCAGCUCCACCGCGGCAUCUCUGGUUCCAGGCAUGUCCUUAUCGGCGGGAUCGUCCCCCCUUCACUCGCCAAAAAUUACACCGCACACCUCGCCCGCCCCGCGCCGCCGCAGCCACACGCCCAACCCGGUCAACUACAUGGUGCCCACCACGGCAGCUGACCAGAGCGCUCACAUCAUCCAGAAGGAGACUGUCGGGGGGACCACUUACUUCUUCACGGACAACACACCUGCGCCAAUGGCUGGCAUGGUGUUUCCUACCUACCAUAUCUAUCCCCCCACUGCACCCCACGUGGCCUACAUGCAGCCCAAAGCCAAUGCGCCGUCUUUCUUUAUGGCUGAUGAACUCCGACAGGAGUUAAUAAACAGGCACCUGAUAACCAUGGCUCAGAUCGACCAUUCGGAAAACUCAGACGUUCCAUCUGAAGUGGACAGCUACCACACCCUGUUUCCACUGGAGGCGCUGCCUCCACCUAACCGUAUGCAGAAGACCAGCAACUUCAGUUACAUCACGUCCUGCUACAAGGCAGUCAACAGCAAAGACGAUCUGCCAUACUGCCUAAGGAGGAUACACGGCUUCCGCCUCGUAAACACCAAAUGCAUGAUGCUGGUGGACAUGUGGAAGAAGAUCCAGCACUCCAACUCGGUCACCCUGAGGGAGGUCUUCACCACAAAGGCCUUUGGAGACCACUCGUUGGUGUUCUCCUAUGACUUCCACGCGGGUGCAGAAACCAUGUUCAGCAGACAUUUUAACGACCCAGCAGCCGACUCGUAUUUCACCAAGAGAAAGUGGGGACAACACGAACCUCCCCCGCCACGACAGCACGCUGGCCUGCUGCCCGAGUCCCUCAUCUGGGCCUACAUCGUCCAGCUCAGCUCGGCCCUGCGUACCAUCCACACUGCAGGGUUGGCGUGCCGGGUUAUGGACCCCAGCAAGAUCCUCAUCACGGGCAAGACUCGGUUACGUGUGAACUGUGUCGGCGUGUUUGACGUCUUAACGUUUGACAACAGCCAAACAAACCACAUGGCCCUAAUGCCGCAAUACCAGCAAGCUGACCUGGUGUCGCUGGGAAAAGUCGUGCUGGCGCUAGCCUGUAACUCGCUAGCCGGCAUUCAGAGGGAGAACCUGCAGAAGGCCAUGGAGCUGGUGUCUAUCAACUAUUCAUCAGACCUCAAAAAUCUUAUACUAUACCUGCUGACUGAACAGUCCCGCCUGCGCAGCGUCAAUGACAUCAUGCCGAUGAUAGGAGCCCGAUUUUACACGCAACUAGACGCGUCGCAGAUGAGGAACGAUGUCAUCGAGGAGGACCUGGCCAAGGAGGUGCAAAAUGGCCGCCUCUUCCGCCUGUUAGCCAAAUUGGGCACCAUCAACGAGAGGCCCGAGUUCCAGAAGGACCCCACGUGGUCGGAGACGGGUGACCGAUACCUACUCAAGCUUUUCCGGGACCACCUCUUCCACCAGGUGACCGAAUCCGGGACGCCGUGGAUCGACCUCAGCCACAUCGUCUCUUGUCUCAACAAACUGGACGCGGGCGGUCCGGAAAAGAUUAGCCUGGUGUCACGGGACGAAAAGAGCGUACUGGUGGUGACCUACUCGGACCUGAAGCGCUGCUUCGACAGCACCUUCCAGGAGCUGCAGGCGGCCGCCUCCGGUAACCUGUAGCGGGGCCCCCUACCGGCCUGGCGGGCGCACUACUUUUGCACUACUGCGGGCCAUCCACCGGGUAAGCGGGCCUGCGAACUGGCGAGACAUUUCAACAUCAGCAUUUUUAGCAGGAGGCCUCAGUCGCAUACACUGUCCACCCGGGAAGGCUUUUGUUUCCCCUCUAAAGUGUAUUUUUUUUAGUGUUUCCUAAAAAAACAACAACAAAAACCUGCAAGCUGGAAAAAGGAUAAGUGACGGACGCUCGGAAUGGCGAAUGAUGACAUUUUUUUUUUUUAAUUUUGGGGAACAAACCAAUGCAAACCUUAGGGUUUUUGAACAGGUUUUCCUGCUUUUAUUGUUUCUUUCUACCGCUGUGUGUGUGGGGGGGACGGUAAGGGCGUAUCGUGGGUACUUUUCACAAGAGGAUGCACUAAGAUUUUAAUUUUUCUGGGAUUAUUUUUUUAUGUGUGAAUGAAUACAAGGUGUACAGAGAGACACACACAAAGAUUGACUUCUGAUGACGUGGAACCAGCCGUUUUCUAUUAGAAGCUUUUUAAACUGGGCGCCCAACCCCUGCCCAAGGAUAGGAAAAACCACUGGGGUAAGGUUCGGAAGGGUGGUCCUAAUUGCUUUAGGUUAACGGACGCUUUGGUGACAAGCCCACCACCCUUGUUUGGCAGCUGCCUCAUUUCAGAAUGUCGCCCGCUCUUUUUUUUUUUGUUUUAGAAAAAGCAUUUUUUUUGUGUGAGUUUUUGCCGAAGCGGGAGGCUAACUUUCUUAUCUGUGGACCAAUGUAAGCAGGAAUGAAGAGACACAAUGGUGAAAAAGAUGGAUCCCCCCCUCAUAUGUACUAUCCCGAUAAUUGAAUGUGAUUGGCCGUCAUUGGUCAUGAUUGUCCAGCCCCCUUAUCCUGUAUCAGACCCAAAUAGGAAUGAAUUGGCUAGUUGGUGGGGGUGGUGAUUGUGUUAGAUAAUGUACUAACCCAGACAUAUUUGGUGAAUGUGGUGCUUUCGAACCCCCGACACACACGCGCACACCCUUGCCCACUCCUCACACACACUCCACAACCAACAUCUUAGUAUGUUUUUUUUUUUGCCCUUUGUGUUACAAUGUCUCAAACUUUGUAAUAUUUGUGUGUACAGCAGUAUUUUAAUAAAGAAUUCCGAAAGAUA